GGUGCGGACUGGUUACAGGGUCCAUAUGUCUAUUCGCUCUACCAUGAACAAUACGCUUUCCCUGAACGGAUGGUUGCUAUUCUGUUCGUCACAGGCUUUGUGAGCGCCGGUCUCUCUGCACCCCUUGUUGGAGUCUGGGCUGAUCAAUAUGGCCGCCGCCGGUUAUGUCUCAUGUUUUGUGUGACGUACUCGCUCACCUGUGGCCUACUUCUCGUUCCCUCCCUCCCUGUCUUGCUGCUGGGGCGUGUUCUGGGUGGGAUCUCGACAUCGAUCUUGUUUUCUGCCUUCGAGAGCUGGCUCGUCUCAGCAAGCUCGACAGCCGCGCUUCAAAGCGAGGAUCUGAGUGCUAUCAUGGGUCGUGCAACGCUCGUCAACGGGUUUGUUGCGGCCGCUGCUGGCGUGUCUUCGAACACGCUUGUAGAAUGGAACGGGGGCGGCUACCGCUCACCAUUUAUUGCGAGCGGUGUAUUGCUCGUUCUGGCUUGGAUCGUUAUACGUGGGACUUGGGGCGAGAAUUAUGGUGGUGGUGGUGGUGCACAGGUUUCUACUGACGAUAUCUUUCAGAUCAAACGCUUGGGAGCAGCAUGGAAGAUUGUAGCUGCCGACCCCACGCUGCUCGUCCUCGGGCUCACACAGACGAUAUUCGAAGGGUCCAUGUACCUCUUCGUCUUCAUCUGGGUUCCUGCACUCCAAGCAUGCUCGAUCACGCCUACAUCCAUACCCCUAGGCUACGUCUUCUCCGCUUUCAUGAUCUCCAUGAUGCUCGGUUCGCUCUUCUACACAUUCAUCACCUUGCACUGGCACCGCCCACCCCCGCCGCAUCUGCAGCACACGCGCUCUCUGAGUUCGCUUGUGUGCGCAGUAUCGGCCCUCGCGUUUGCUGCGAGCGUAAGCGCCGGGCGCACGAAGGGGGAAGGGAAUGCGGAGAUGGUCAAGUUCUGGGCGUUCUGCCUGUUCGAGGCGUGUGUGGGGAUGUAUUACCCUGUGCAAGGUAUGCUCCGCGGGUCCCUCAUCGCUAACGAACACCGCGCCACCCUGUCGGCGCUCUUCCGCGUCCCACUCAACAUAUUUGUCGUUGCGUCUCUCCUGACAGGCGUCUCGUCGGCGCGAGACUUCGUACUUAUAGCGUGCGCAGUAGUACUCGCUCUCUCGGCGGUCACAACA